UGAUUUCCGUCUGUUUACCAACUUUACGAGCAUUACCUGAACGCACCAUGACACUAGCAGCUAGCCUAGCCGGCUAACUUUGCUAAUCUGAUUUAGCGUCUCGGCUAAACGCACGUAACGUUAGCCAGGAUUACCAUAUUUAGUGUUCCUUAUCUAUCGUUUAACACAAUAUCUACCUGACAUCAAAAAACACUCAUCUGAAGAUGGCAUCGCUUGGGGAGCCCGUGCGGUUGGAAAGAGAUAUUAACCGUGCUGUUGAACUGCUGGAUAAGCUCCAGAGGACCGGGGAGGUGCCGCCCCAGAAGCUGCAGGCGCUGCAGAGGGUCUUACAAAGUGAAUUCUGUAACGCUGUCAGAGAAGUUUACGAACAUGUGUAUGAAACGGUGGACAUCAACAGCAGUCCUGAGGUCAGGGCCAACGCCACUGCUAAGGCUACUGUGGCAGCCUUCGCAGCAAGUGAGGGGCACUCUCAUCCACGUGUUGUGGAACUGCCCAAGACUGAAGAAGGCCUAGGUUUCAAUAUUAUGGGUGGAAAGGAGCAAAACUCACCAAUAUACAUCUCACGGAUCAUCCCAGGAGGCAUCGCUGACCGACACGGAGGCCUGAAGAGAGGCGACCAGCUUCUCUCUGUCAACGGGGUGAGUGUGGAAGGGGAGCACCAUGAGAAAGCUGUGGAGCUCCUCAAAGCUGCUCAGGGCACAGUGAAGCUGGUGGUAAGGUACACCCCCAAAGUCCUCGAAGAAAUGGAGUCACGCUUUGAGAAAAUGAGGUCGGCGAAGCGCCGGCAACAGAACAACUACCCCCAGUAGAAUGUCUCCGUGUUGAUGCCCAGCUCCCAUGUCUCUCCUCAUCGAGCCGUCUGGCCCGAUGUUCUGGUCUCUUUAUUAUCUCCAUGCCCCACAAAGCGUAACCAUCACAUCCCCACUUUGUUUUAGUUCCUACUUACACACACGGUAUAUUGUGCUUCUACCUUUUUAAUAUUCUCCAUAGUUCCACUUGACACUACGACUCUAGACGAACACUAAAAUGAUUGUCAGUGUAGGGGGUCACUCACACGUGUGCAUUAUCUUUGAAUGCCACUUUGAGUGCUUAUACCAACUACACAAAUCCUUUGACUGGAAAGGUAGUGUUUUUAAUUAUUUUAUCAAAGCCACUACCAAGUGCCUCAGGGCAAACACAUCUAUCUUAUGUACUGUGUUCACCGUUAUAUUCUUCUUCUUCUUAGUGGUUUAAAGUCAAGUACUGCUAAUUAAAUGCUUGUGGCAGGAAUUACUACAUGCUUCGCAUCUGUUAUUAUCAAAGCUCAUUUCAUUUCAGCAUAUGAUAAACAUGUUUAAAACCCUUUUAACUUUAAAAUAAGGUGCAGUUUUAUUUGUGUUGCUGCUUUGCAGGCAUGUACUAAACUAAAGAGAGGCUGAUAACGGUUUGAAUUAGUUAGAAAGUGAUAGUUGGAUAUCAAGGGGAUCCACUGAAAGGAGACUUCUGAACAAAAAUGAUGGAUUAUCUCUGGGCUUAGCUUUUUUAGUUUUCUAAUAUCAUACCACAUUAUAAAAAGCUCAGCAGGUACUGUAAGUGAUGUAAUGGGGUCUCUGCAACUUUUGAACUAAAUUCCUGCCGCCACAGAGACUCACACUUUUACUUUUAUUAAAGUAAUAACCUUCAUAAGCAAACAUCUUGCCGUCAGCAUGAUAUGAGAUGAUUCAUUUGCCUUGACAGAAUUCAGGAAUGUACUGUAAGUCAUGUUUUCUUAUUUGCCGGGUAGUACAGGAAGUCAGUCACUUCACAUUGUUCUUUGAUCUUUGCCGGGGAAAAAGUGAUAAUUCUAAAUGAAGAAAAAUAGGAUGUUUUUAAUAUCAAGCAAUCUUUCUGUCAUAAUAAUGCCUAAUGUGAGCUUUCAUCAUUCUGUUGAUGAAUGAAAUGGCAGAUGUGGAUAUUAUGUCUGAUAAAUAGCUACUUCAUAUUCAGACUUUACACAGUUGUAAAGCUGUAAACCUGCUGCAUCGGUAUGUUUUUCAGUUAUUGUCUUAAACAAUCUCUAGCAUGUGUGUGUCAAAGGUGUCAUUUACUUCAGUUGAACUGUUUUUUUUAUCCUGGUAGCCAUUGACAACUUUAAAGGCUUUUGUCUUUAUAGAGAAAUAUGACACCAGUGCUGCGAUAGGAUCUAUAGAAACCUGUUAACAUUUAAAUUACUUUACUUUAAUGACCAUGCAUUCGAUUCAAGGACAAGAGUAAUCCCAGACAUUUAAAUACAGUUUUAUUUAUGAAUAUUUUCAUUAUUUUAUAUGUUAUCAUAACUAACAAUCAUGCUCCAUUAAAGCCAACUUGUUAGGGGCUCCCAUGUACUCUAUUUGUUAAAUACAAACCAAACAAAAUGCUGAAUUAAGUUUGAUAAUGACAACACUUUGUUACUGAAUACUGCCACACUGUCGGGUGUGUUCUAAUAUGUGGUUUUGAGCAGGCUAAUGUCAUCAAACCAGAAUAUACUGAUGGAGGAAUGCUUAUGUUUACAACACUUUGUUGUUAUAGUUUUAAAGUGUUUUCGCAAUGCAUGGUUAACUGUACAGAUAUUCCUUCUCAAGAUGUGGAAUAUGAACCCUUGUCUACAUGCAAUAUGUCAAUCAAACAAGUCUUCAGGUCAUGCUUGUAUUUAAAAUAUUGUAUUAUUCAAAUAAUGAUGGGAAAGUAAAUAUAAAUAUCUGUUAAAUUAUCCAUAGCAUCCAAAAUAUCCUUUUUAUUCACAAAACGUUUUUCCAUGGUAGCUGCAGUUACAUUUACAUCGCAUUAUGUGAACUAAGCUUUGGCUGAAAAGGCUAUGCUUCUGCUGAGUCAUCAUUGAGCCAGGAAGGUAGUAAUAGUGAAUAGCAGACAUUUUGUAUCUAACUGAUGUCCAGUUAGGUUGGAUGGUGGAUAAAUCAACAAACACAUUUUCCCUUCAGUGCAGCUUUAGGGAUUUUGUGAACGGUGUUGUAACUGUUUAACCAUUCUUCAGGACUCAAUUCCCUUUAAAUGCAGUGCAGUGUAAAAUGAAGAUCUGUUUGCUUCAUGAUCAACACAACUUAUUGCCCCACAGUUGUUAGAUGACCGGUUGUCUGUGUAGCUGCUUUUGGUUUAAGGUUGCUUUUUCGUUUAGUGUUUUUGUUCAUUUAUCCACCAUUUUAUCCACCAUCUCUUAACAAACAAAAAUGUAGCAGCUCUGGCAUAAAUGACUCAAUCAAAUUAUGAACAACUCAUCAAGAGUGCUUCAGUCCUGGGUUCUCUUUUAUAUAGAAUAGUCAUAUUGUUUUGCUUGAAGAAUAUGGUUUAAGUAAAUUUAGAUCAAAGUGUUCUUUAGCUUCUCACUUUGUCACAGUUUCUACAUAAAUCCAUUAUAACCGUCCAUUUCUAAUCAAAGUCUGCUGUUCCUAUACAUGUCAGCUUUACCUGUGGGAUCCUCUUCGCUUAAUGAUAUGUUACUUAAAUAUAAGCAAAAGUGACAAUACAUGAUGAGCUUGGGCCCAUCUGUGGCUAUGAUCCGUGUAAUGCAUUGCUCCUUAUGAAAAACUGAAUUUUGGACAAAGUAUAAAACAAUACAAACACACAGUACUGCAAAAACUGAAUGCAAAGUCAAUUAUCUAUGCAAGGUCCUUUAAAAACUUUGUACGGUGCAAAAUAAUUGUCAUUUUACUGCAGAAUGUUAUUGGAAAUUACUGCUUUAAGUCUGUGUGGACAAAUGUCUGAGUUUGGACACGCUACACUUUGAUACGUUGGUGUUACAUAAUCUAAUGAGACGUCAACAAUGUUAUUGUAACAUGUUGAUCACCACCAAGACAUUGCAGUGAAGUUGUCCAUGCGAUAUUAGCCUUGCUAUCUAAAUAUUGAUUGUCAGGAGGAUAAAUGUAGAAGGAUAGGCUUAUGUGAACAUUUGGUUAGCAAUAUACCAUUCCAUAGGCUACUGGGAGCAUAUGUUUGUUUUGAGGCAGAACAUUUAGCACAAGAGUUGGGGUGUACAUAAAAGUUGAGAUGUCUUAAUAUAAUGUAUAGAUUGUUCCUUAAUUGUGUUUUAUCAAACUCUGCUUGCUAGAUUCCCUGCUUGCACACAUGAAUAGUAAAAUCAGGAAAAAAUGUAAUGAGACUUGGUAUUGAUAUUGCACACGCUCCACUGAAUGUCACUGACCAUCGGUUGCAACAUUUUGUGAGUUACCCUUCAACUUUCUACCUGUUUUCAUUGUCUUUAUAUUGGAAUGGUCAAUAGAGUAUUUUUUAUAAUAGUUUUCUUUUUGAUAUUUUUCUCAAUUUUAUAAGGGAUUUUCCUAAAAAACAAAUACCGGGAAUAAUUGGUACUUCCAUUUUGACUGUGUACCAGGGCCAUAUCAGUGAAGCGCCUCUGAGCGGCAGCGCUGAUGCAGGUCUGAGAUCUGCUCGUACUGUAUGAACGUACAGACAGUCCUACAUCAGCACGUCUCUCCGGAGAUCUCAACUGAUUUAUAUUUUCUUUCUAGUACCAAGACCAAACUUGCAAACACUUGUGAAAACUUUGAUAAUGUUUUGAAAUAUUUUAGCCAGUGCUUCUUUAGGAUUAUUACCUGUAGACUGUGUUGUGUUAUUUUGUGUUCUGGUUUAUUACAUAAUUUACUGUUACAUUGAUGUGGAAUGUAAAAUGUUGUGAUGUAGAACACAUAAUAGUUGGACUAGAGGCUUAAUAAACAGUGCUUACAUAUAUGUC